UGACGGACGGAAGAAAGGGUUGAGGAGUGAGGACACACACCCGCCCAAGUGACCAACCCUUUAUUCUUGUGAGGGAAACCUGAAAGCUGAGUUCCAAAGCCACAAGUGAGCAAGACCGGGGAAGAAGAUAAAAGGAAGGGAAAUAGCACUCUCCUGAAAGAAGAUCUAACUCCAAACUGAGACCGGCAGACGAGAGGAAGAGGAAGAGGAAGAGGAAGAACAGAAGAAAAGAGAAGCAAACCUCAUAUAAUAUGAGAUCGAGCUACAUUAAUUUAAUUUGUUUAUAAGAGGCAUUCAAGAUAUAUAUAAAAAAAAAAAAAAAAAAAAGAGAGAGACAAAAAGGAGAAUGGGGAGAGGACGAGUUGAGCUGAAGAGGAUCGAGAACAAGAUAAAUCGUCAGGUCACGUUUGCGAAACGAAGGAAUGGACUUCUCAAGAAAGCGUACGAGCUCUCUGUUCUCUGUGAUGCUGAGGUUGCUCUUAUCAUCUUCUCUAACCGAGGCAAGCUUUAUGAGUUUUGUAGCAGCUCUAGCAUGAUCAAGACGCUGGAAAGGUAUAAAAAAUGUAGUUAUGGUACACUGGAAGCCAGCCAACCACCCAAGGAGACACAGAGCAGCUACCAGGAGUAUUUGAAGCUAAAAGCAAAAGUUGAGGUUUUGCAACGAUCUCAGAGAAACCUUCUUGGGGAAGAUUUGGGCCCACUAAAUUCAAAGGAGCUUGAGCAGCUUGAGCAUCAGCUUGAUAUGUCCUUGAAACUAAUCAGAUCAACAAAGACACAAUUAAUGUUAGAUCAGCUUUCUGACCUUCAACGAAGGGAGCAUAUGCUUCAAGAAGCAAACAGAGCCUUAAGAAGGAAGUUUGAUGAAAGCAAUGCAGAAAACCCCCUUCGAGAGGCGUGGGAAGCGGGCGGGGCAAACAUCCAUUACAAUCGCCAGUCAUCUCAUUCAGAGGGAUUCUUCCAACCUCUGGAAUGCAAUUCAACGCUCCUAAUCGGAUAUAAUCCUAAUGGUCCAGAUCAGAUUACUGUUGCUGCAACUCAGGCCCAAAACGUCAAUGGGUUCAUUCCUGGAUGGAUGCUUUGAGUUAAUUCUCUAGGUAAUGAUCAUGGAGUGAAUUUAUAUUCUGCUUAUGAAGAAAAUAUCUACCAUUAUAUUCUGGUUUGUGGAAGGCUUAAUUAUCUUCUCGAAGUGGAGGACAAUAAUAAAAGUAAAUGGGAUUAUCCAAGAAAGACAAAAAAGACUUGUUUGCAUUUUUAACUAUAGGACUACAAAGUCUCUAGCUUUGCUAUUUUUCUUUUGGUAAUGAGUCUGUACCCAUGAUGUGGUGUAGAUGCCAAUGUAAUAAUCCUAAAUGACUACUUAUCUAUCUUCCUCUUAAACUCUUUGGAGGAAAACUACUGUACUGUAACACUUCACUUCAAUCUUCUUGAAUAUUGCUUGAUGGACAA